AUGGCGAACCGUCGUGACCGCGGCACAGCCCUCAUUACCCCCGAAGAGCGCGUUCGACGCGUUCAGGAGGCCAAGAACAACAUACGCAAGACGGCCACCUACACUCCUGCACUCUUGGGCCGAAUUCAGUCUCGCAUUGACGCCAAUGCCUUCCGCCGCUGUAUCUCGGACAAUACCAUAUACCAGUCGCUCUGUAACUCUCUCAAGGACAAGAAUAUCCCCGAGCGAGAGCGACGUCCGGACCUAGUCGACUUCCUCGCCCUCGAGGCCAUUGUUCCCGUUAACUACGACGGCGAAUACAAUCGCGUUCUAAAAGACCUCUUCGUCCGAUGCCAUACUGAGGCUUGGGUCGUCGAGGCUGUUCUGCAGGCCAAUCAUGAAUGGUUCCAGGAUGCCAUCGGCGAGGCCCGCAGAUACAUCAAGACCCUCGUCACCAGGAUCGACUCACAGCUCCUUGAGAUCAUCCUCGAGGACAUUGAAACCAGCUUUUGGCGUGAGGAGACGAGGGAACAUCCCCUUUACCAUCGCGUCAUAGACAAGGUCGCCAAGGGCCAGACUCUGACCCAGCGCGACGUUAUCACAGCCGUCGCCAUCAACGGUGGAAAGUACCCCACCGAGAUCUUCCGUCACCUAGUCAUCAAACAGAACUCCAACAUGCUCAACUGGGGAAGCAACAUCAGUGCACAGAAUGCCCUCUAUGAUGACGAAGACUUCCAAGGCGUACGCGCUGACACCACCAUUUACAGCGAGACCAUGGUCAAUCUCGAGUCUUUUGCGAACGCCAUGCAGAACAAGAAAAAUAGCCACGAGGUCCGCAAGAAGAUCCGCGAGAUGAAGGAACUCAUGAAGGACGACGUCGGUGUUCUCCGCCACACCCAGGGUGGACGCGUCCAGAAAGUUGCCGGCGGCAGUAAUGGGAACGGUGACAUCCACCCUCGCUGCAACUCUGAGGCGUCCAACAGCCCCGGUCUGUGUGUGAAUCAGGAACCUGGAGACUGCGGACAAUACUUUGACGGGAUGCAGGGAGACAUGGGCGGCGAGGGGAACCAUGGUGGUGCUUCGAUUAAGAGAGAAGAGUUCGGUGCCGAUGGAUUCUUCACCCAAUCCUCUUAG